CAAACCGCUUACAAAGGAGGAAAAGGAAGGUCACGGUGAACGGUGCAGGUCGCUAGGUAGCACAGAUUACAUCGUGAAAGUGACAGAUCGCAAGGAGACCCGCUGACCGGGGCUUUGGGGGUGGGGAGAAUUUGCUGCUUUUUUUAAAAAAAAAACUCCCCGAAUCAAUUUUAUCUUUAAAUUACCUUCGAAAGUUGAAUUGCAGAAACAUGGGAAAGGGAGAUAUCCUCAUGUGAUUUUAUUUGGAGAUCUGGCGUCUUGCAGGAGUUUGAGGCUGAACUCCGCUCUGUUUUGUUUUCAUUAUUAGAAGCAGAGCUCGGAGUCUCUCUCUGCCAUCCUAUUUGUUUUGGAGUUGUUGGAGCCUCUGUCCUUUUUGAGACCUGGGUGGUGGGGGUUUUGUUUUGUUUAGUUUGCGCCUUUCCCCUGUUUUUUUGUUUUCUCUCUUGUAAUCGUGUGUGGCUGGGGCUGGGCGAUGUGGAGGCUGGCGACUUGUUUGGUCGUGCUCGUGCUGCUGCGCUCUCUCACCGCUCUGCCGUGGCCCCUGCUCACCGCCGCCAGCUGCGCUCUCUACCUCGCCUCGGGAGGUCGCACAUUCCUCGGCGUCUUCUUCAAGACCAUCCACCGGGACGCGCAUGCCGCGGGGGUCCUCCUCAAAGUCAAGCUCAACGUGAGGCGGAACUUGAAACUGAACAAGACGAUUCCGAUAAUCUUCCACGAAGUUGCCCGGAGGCACCCGGACAAGACCGCGCUCAUCUUCGAGGGGACCGGCGUCACCUGGAGCUUCCGGGACCUGGACCAGUUCUCCAACCGAGUGGCCAACUGUUUCCUCCAGCAGGGCUUCCGCGCCGGCGAUGUGGUAGCGCUGUUCAUGGAGAGCAGGAACGAGUAUGUGGGACUGUGGCUGGGGAUGGCCAAGCUUGGUGUGGAGGUGGCACUGAUUAACUUCAACCUGCGGAUGGACGCACUGGCGCACUGCAUCAACGUCUCGAGAGCCAAGGCUAUCGUGUUCGGGGGCGAACUGAAUGCUGCCCUGAAGGAGAUCCACAAGCUGCUGGGAAAAUCCAUGUCCCUGUACUGCUCUGGAGAGCCUGAUCCCUCGGACGUGCUCCCUGGUACGGAGAACCUGGAUCGUUUGCUGGAAGCUGCGUCAAGCCAGUGCCCUCCCCCUCUCCAGGGCCGAGGAUUCACAGAUCGACUGUUUUAUAUCUACACUUCAGGAACGACAGGCAUGCCCAAGGCAGCUAUAGUUGUCCACAGCAGGUAUUACCGGAUGGCAGCUUUGGUUUAUUAUGGGUUUCGAAUGCGCGCUGAUGACAUUGUCUAUGACUGUUUGCCUCUCUAUCACUCUGCAGGGAAUAUUGUGGGGAUCGGCCAGUGUCUCCUGCAUGGACUGACUGUGGUCAUCAGGAGGAAGUUCUCUGCCUCUCGCUUUUGGGAUGAUUGUGUUACGUAUAGGUGUACGAUUGUACAGUACAUUGGGGAGAUCUGCCGCUACCUGCUGAGCCAGCCGGAGCGGGCGGUGGAGAGACAGCACUGCGUGCGAAUGGCCCUGGGGAAUGGCCUACGCCCGUCCAUCUGGGAGGAGUUCACUUCCCGCUUCCACAUCCCUCAGGUUGCUGAGUUCUACGGAGCCACGGAGUGUAACUGCAGCCUCGGCAACUUCGACAACAAGGUUGGUUCUUGUGGAUUUAACAGCCGCAUCCUGCCAUUUGUCUACCCGAUCCGAUUGGUCAAGGUGAAUGAAGACACAAUGGAGCUGGUUCGAGGUCCUGACGGGGUUUGCAUCCCCUGUAAACCAGGUGAGGCGGGUCAGUUGGUGGGUCGGAUAGUCCAGAGUGACCCCUUGCGGAGGUUCGAUGGAUACGUCAAUGAGACAGCGACCACCAAAAAAAUCGCACGCGAUGUGUUCAAGAAGGGAGACGCUGCCUACCUGUCGGGUGAUGUCCUGGUCAUGGACGAGUAUGGCUACAUGUAUUUCCGAGAUCGGACAGGGGACACUUUCCGUUGGAAAGGUGAGAACGUCUCGACGAUGGAGGUGGAGGGGACGCUGAGUCAGAUCCUCGGCAUGACGGACGUGGCGGUGUAUGGGGUAGAGGUGCCAGGUGCAGAAGGUAAAGCUGGAAUGGCUGCUAUAGCGGACCCUAACAAUCAGAUCGACCUGGAGACAUUCUACACUGACCUGGAAGUCGCUUUACCUCCUUAUGCACGACCCAUGUUCCUGCGAUUAUUACCAGCAGUGAGUAAAACAGGAACGUUCAAAUUCCAAAAAACAGACAUGAGAAAGGAAGGGUUCGACCCAAGAAACAUUAAAGACAGACUUUAUCUCCUGGAUCAAAAACAGCGAACGUACGUCCGAUUGGAUGAAGAGCUGUUCAGAAGUAUCCAAUCAGGGAAACAGAAGUUGUGAUGAAAACUCAUUGAUGUAUCUCUAACUUUGUUUACCUCAGUCUUACUGCUGUCAGUAGCCAGAAAAAGCAAAAGGAAUAAUUAAUUCCAUUUCUGUUACUUGACCAGACUUGCAUGUACAGGAACUUCACAGAGAAUUCCAUUAUUUUUCUUUAAGUUUAUUACAGAUUUGCUAGUAAUUUAUGAAGAACGAUUAUUACAAUUUUGCACAAGAGAAUUAUAAUUAAUUUUUAUUAUCUGUUUUGUUUGGGGUGGUGAUCUUCAGUUAGGGUAAAGUUUUUAUUUAUUGGUUUCUUCGACAGAGCCUGUGUAGCAUCUUCGAGUGUUUGAACGCUUAAUUAAACAGGUUCCACAACGGGACACAAGCUGUCACCGGUUCAUCUCCAUCUAAACCCUCCCUCAGUCCUGGUCCUUUUACGCCUAUCAGCUUAUUGUUCCCGGAUACAGGGAGGGAUGCGUACAGGUAGCAGUCCUCAUUGCUAAGGAAGGAUCCAUUCACCACUUCUAUAUUUAACACACCUAGUACCGGACGGGGGUGGGGAGCGUGGUGCCAUCGCAGGGUCGGCGCUGAGGGAGCACGGUGCCAUCGGUGACACAGAUUCACUCGAGUGACUCCUGCCAUGGGGGUGCUAAAAUCUUACAGUUUUGAAGUAGAUUUGUAGGUCGGUUUGUGGGUAUUGAGGUUGGGUGGCUCACUGAGCUGGUUUCUUGUUCCGCAGACAUUUCGUUACCAUGCUGGGUAACAUCCUCAGUGCAGCCCCUGAUGACGCGUCGGUGUGUUUUCCCGCCUGGUUUUUAAACUCUGGGGUCCGUUGAGCUGGAUUGCCUCACUUCCGGUUUUCCUUCGUAGUGGAAUGUAUAUGGGGUCGAGUUUAAUAAUGGCUUCCUUCGUAGAGUGCCAGGCUUCUAGGAAUUCCCAUGCCUGUCUCUGCUUCGCUUGUCCCAGGAUUUUGGUGUUGUUCUCCACCCCGCC